ACUUAGUGUUAGGAUUAGUUUGUUUCCGAAAUGGUCAUGUCUAUUGGAAGUUUGGUUUAAGGGAAGAUGUUAGGAUUAGUGUGCCAAGUGGUUCAUUAUGUUUAGGUUACUGACAAGUAACCUUAGCCUAGCCUAAGUUGCAAGUUGCAAUUUGUUAACUCACGUGUAUUGUGCUCUUGUAUAUAACAGAGCUUGUAACCUUUUUACUUAGUUAAUGAAAAGAAAACAGUAACAACUUUACUCUCUUAAGUUUUUUUUUUUCCCUCUCAAUUCUCAUUCCCAACUUGGUAUCAGAGCCUUUGACCAACAUCAACAAUGGCCGAUUUCUCAUCAAAUUCCUCUCCACAUCACAAAUCUAAUAAAGAUUUAGUUCAAUCAAGACAGAAGCAUAAUUCUUACCUCAGUAAUCUUACUUGCUCAACCACAAUAUCCUCAAAUACACUCCCUGUAAUCAAUCCCAAACUCACUAGAGAUAAUCAUAGGUUCUGGAAGUCGCAAAUAUUGUUUGCAGUAGGGGCUCAUGAUCUUGAGGAUCACCUCACCAGAUUGAUUUCUUGCCCAACGCCAUUCAUUCGAGUCCAAUCAGCUGGUCCAACCUUUGAAGUUGUCAAAAAACCUAAUCCAGAAUUCCACCUCUGGAAGAAGACAGAUAAACUCCUUGUCAGCUGGCUGUUGUCAUCCAUUUCAGAGUCAAUCUUUUCGCUGUUCUGGAGUUUCAGUUUUGAAGAGUGA